GUACUUAUAAUGUAGUUGAUAUUCCUGAUUGUAAAGGUUGCAACAAUGUAUGCAGUGAUGUUAGAUACUGAUUAUAUGAACAAACCUACAUUCAAAGAGAAUUUUAUGAAUGACUGGAGAAAAAUACUUGGGAAAAACCAUGUAAUUCAGAAGUUGGAAGAUUGCGAUUUCACCCCAAUAUAUGAAUGGCAUCAAAGGAAAAAGGAGAAGAAGAAGCAAAUGAGUUCAGAAGCAUCUCAAGCAUGGAUGGAGUGGCUUAUGAAAAAGCACAAAGCUUUUGACCAGCGGGGUGAUAUGGCUGUUGCAGCUUGGGCUGAGCAGUAGCAGCGUGAGAUGAAUCUCCGUGUGCGCCAUCUUUCUCGUUCAAAGGUGUUGAAUUAUUCUCAAUAUUUCUACAAUGAUUCGUAUAUUGCUCUUCAACUCUAUAAUGAUCAAUGGAAAGUCCAUUACCUAAUAUAAUCCGACUCAUUGUGCAUAAUUAUUUUCCAGAAUUUGUAUAUACUGAAAUUAUGACA